AUGCAAGACGCAGAAGUCAAGCUAGCCGUCUCACACUGCGAGAAGAGAGACCCCAAGAGCGCUGGAGACACUGCGAUUCUCGUCCCAGAAAAGCUCUCGACACACAUCAGGAGAAAGUUUGAUCGACAUCUCAUGCCCCUCGUAUGCGUCCUCUACGUCCUAUCCUACCUCGACCGUGGAAACAUUGGCAAUGCCAAAACGGCCGGAGCUCAAGACGAUCUGGGACUCAGUGACUCUCAGUGGGUCUGGGUCCUGAACUCGUUCUACAUCUGCUACACCGUCUUCGAGUGGACCACCUUGCUGUGGAAGCUUCUCCCGGCGCAUCUGUACAUUUCGAGUCUCUGUCUUCUUUGGGGGGUGGUCGCAACAUGCACCGGCGUCGUCAAGAACAUGGCCGGUCUCUGCGCAUGUCGAGCUGCAUUAGGAAUUCUGGAAGCCGCCUUUGGUGCCGGUGCUCCCUAUUAUCUAUCUCUCUUCUAUCAACGUCGCGAACUGGGACUCCGAGUCUCAAUCCUGAUCGGAAUGUCGCCACUUGCAAAUUGCUUUGCUGCCUCGCUCGCGUACGGCAUUACUCAGAUUAAGGCAUCUCUAGAGCCAUGGAGGCUUAUCCUGCUUCUUGAGGGUGCCCCUGCUAUUAUUGUCGCGCCUUUCGUCUACUUCUUCCUCGCCGAUUCCGCCCAGAAAGCCAGGUUCCUAAACGAAGACGAAAAGGAGGCGGCAACUGCUCGACUCGGCACAAGGGACACUACGGAAAAGACAAAGCUCAACUGGAAGCAAGUCACAGCUGGCCUCAGCGACUACCAGCCUUACGUGCAUGCUCUCAUCCACUUCUGCUGCAACUACUCCUUCGCCGGCCUCGCCAACUUCCUCCCAACCAUCGUCCAGGCCCUCGGAUACAGCAGCAUCAACGCCCAAGGCCUCACCGCCCCGCCAUACGCGGCGGCAUUUACCCUUUGCGUCGCUGCGGCCUUCUUCUCGGACAAGUUUGGGCACCGCGGUUUCGUGAUUGCUGGCUGCUCGGCCAUGGCAGGCGUCGGGUACCUGAUUCUUGCCAUCGUCGAAGACACCAACAGGAUGAACAUUCGCUAUCUCGGCAUUUGGUUUGCCGUCAUGGGCGUGUUUCCCUCGCUCACUCUCAACAUUACAUGGCUUCUCAACAACCAAGGCGGCGAGACAAAGCGCGGCAUUGGAAUCGCCGUUAUCGCCAUCCUGGGGCAGUGCAGCUCAUUUCUCAGCAGCUCCAUGUAUCCCAAGAAGGACGCUCCCUUCUUUAUCCGGGGUUGCUCUAUUGGCUGUACUCUCACAUUUAUGAUUACCAUUCUGUCUCUUGGCUUACACUUCAAGCUCGACUAUGAAAACCGCAAGAGGGACCGCGAGUUUGGAUCGGUUGAGGACCACGAACAGCUGGAUGUAACACUUAUGGGGGACAAGCACCCCAAGUUCCGAUAUCUUACUUAA